GUGGCGGUUAGCGGCGGAGCAGCCUGCCCCUCAGCCGGAGCUGCAGGGUUUCCUGCUUGUGUGUUUCGGGGCCUGCAGGUACGCGUCCGCAGACUUCUGGGUACCUAGACUCCAACGACUGAAUUCCCGGGGCUCCGCGGUCGCUCACCCGCUGACCCGGCUGCUCGGUCCUUCGCUCGACGCAGCCCACACCCCGGCGCCAUGGCUCCCAGGAAGGGCCGCACUCGCAGCACCAAGACCAACGCGCUGCGGAACCGCAAGCUCGCCUCCUUCCUGAAGGACUUCGACCGCGAGGUGCAAAUUCGAACCAAGCAAAUCGAGUCCGACAGACAGAACCUCCUCAAGGAGGUGGAAAACCUGUACAACAUCGAGAUCCUUCGGCUCCCCAAGGCGCUGCGCGAGAUGAACUGGCUCGACUACUUUGCCCUUGGCGGAAACAAGCAGGCCCUGGAAGAGGCAGCAACAGCUGAUAUAGACAUCACAGAAAUAAACAAGUUAACAGCUGAAGCUAUUCAGACACCUUUGAAAUCUGUCAAAAAGCGGAAGGUAAUCCAGGUGGAUGAAGCGAUAAUGGAAGAAGAAGAGGAAAAGAAUCAUAAGACUCUUCGAUCUACAAGAGUCAAAAGAUGCCCUCCAUCUAGGAAGAGAACCCAGUCCGUACAAGGAAGAGGCAGGAGCAAAAGGUUAAGCAAUGAUUUUGUGACACCAGCCAUGAGCAGACUGGAGCCAUCUCUGGUGAAACCAACCCCAGGCGUGACACCUAGGUUUGAUUCCAGGGUUUUCAAGACCCCAGGCCUGCGCACUCCAGCAGCCAGAGAGCAGAUUUACAACAUCUCCAUCAAUGGCAGCCCUCUUGCUGACAGCAAAGAGAUCUCCCUCACUGUUCCUGUGGGUGGUGGUGCGAGUUUGCGGUUAUUGGCCAGUGACUUGCAGAAGGUUGAUAUCGCUCAGCUGAAUCCAGAGGCCAUAGGAAACAUUAAGAAGCUCUCGAGCCGCCUUGCCCAGAUCUGCAACAGCAUACGGACCGGCAAAUGAGAAGGCGGCUGCGGCGGUGGGGGGGGG